AUGGAUUCCAUGGGCGGAAUGAUGACCAUGGCACCUGGAGUGCCGGGGCUCUUCUACAUGCAGCAGAUAUUCUGGGCCUUUGUUGGUACGGCUAUUGGAGUAGCUACGAUAGCGAACGUUCUGAAUAGGAUUCUUUGCCAUCAACGGAUAUUAUCGUCGAGAAAUGUAUCUGGCGCCGCCAAACCGAGAUCGUUCUUCUUCCAGGCGCAUGCUACCGCCUCAGCGAUUAUCAGAGAGUUCAGCUACUAUUCCAGCCCACUAUCCUUUCGCAAUUGGCACUUUUACCUCCCUCCUGUCGGGCCACUUAUAAUGAUGGUGGGCUACGUGGUGUUGAUUGUAGUCUGUGUGUUCUACAGACUGGACCCGAAAGACUUCCUUCAGUGGGAGGAUAUUGGUUAUCGAUCAGGAUUUAUCGCUGUUUGUCAGAUGCCACUGAUUGUUUUACUUGCCGGAAAACGCAACAUCAUCGGCUUUUUCACCGGCGUUGGCUACGAGCGUCUAGCCUGGCUCCAUCGAUGGGUAGCGAGGGCCCUCCUUUUCACAGUCUUCAUUCAUAUGGGGUUUUGGUUUUCAGAAUGGGCAAAAUAUGACUACGUAGGGGUCAAGGUCAAGACCGAUGCUCUCACACAGAGAGGCAUAGCAGCCGGAUCGAUUUUGCUAUGGCUUGUACUGUCAUCCGUUGCACCCAUCCGUAAACUUUCAUACGAAUUUUUCAUCGUUCAGCACAUUAUCUCAUGGCUGGGCUUCUUUACUGCUCUCUAUUUCCACGUUCCCGAAGAAAACAGGAUCUGGAUUUGGCUACCGCUUGCAUUUUGGGCCUUUGAUCGAUUCAUCCGAGCCAUCUAUCUCAUCUACGCGAAUCUCUCGGUCUUGCACAAGAACAGCACUGGUUUCCUGGCAUGCAGGGCUACUUUCGAGCCUCUUGAUGAAUCACACACCCGUAUCACCAUUAUGAACCCCCCAAUCACAUGGGCUGCUGGCCAACACCUGUUCCUGACCUGCCACCCACUUGCACCCCUCUCUUCGCACCCCUUCACUAUCGCUAGUCUUCCGGAAGAUGGAAAGCUGGAAUUCGUAGUUCGUGCUAAGAAAGGGGCAACGAAGAGAUUCUUCAAGUACGCACAGAAGGCUUACUCGGGUCUCCCCACUGCCACAGGCAAACCGAACACCGGGAGAAGUGUUCUUAUCGAUGGUCCGUAUGCAACUAUCAGACCCCUGAGACAAUUCGACAGCUUGGUAUUUAUAGCUGGUUCCACAGGCGCAACAUUCACAAUGCCGCUAAUGAGGGACAUUGUCCGGGAGUGGAAAGGAGCAAAAUCCGCAACCUCAUCCCGAUUACUAGGGCUUUCGCCUCCUGCUGGAGCAGUAACACGGCAUAUCCGCUUUGUGUGGGUGGUGAAACAGAAGUCAGCCGUUGAGUGGUUCGCUUCGCAGCUUGACCAAGUCGUACGAGACGUUGAGGCUCUACGCAACGAGGGCCACGAUAUUGCCGUCGAUAUCAGCAUUUACAUCACCUGCGACGAUGCUUUGACCAGUGGCCAGUCAUCGAUUAUGAAUGGAGCUGGAGCGCCCCGUGGUACCAAAAUACAGAUCGGCGGCAGUGACAGCUCCUCGGACGAGAAGAAAGUCUUGACAGAAAAUGUCGAGGAGACCUUAUCAACAGUCUCUUCUUAUUCUUCCAUCAAAGACUGCUGCUGCACCAGAAUCAUCACCGACGAAAACGCCAUCACGCCACCCUGUGACUGCGCAUCCAGGCGCCUACAAAAAGAGUCGAGGUCAGCUCCGACAGCAAACUCGUUCGGAAAACCAAAUCGGAUGGUGGAUGCAAGGAUCAACCUCCUAUCAGGACGUCCCUACGUCUCGAAUAUUAUCCGGAAGACGGCUGAGGUCGCACUCGGAGAGAUGGCUGUUGUGGUGUGUGGGCCGCCGGGGCUGGUUCAAUGCACGAGGAAUGCGGUAGUUGCUAUUAGUGAUGAUCGAGCGGUACAUAAGGGGACGGGAGCACAGGGGAUUUACGUCCAUGCCGAGGCAUUUGGCUAUGCGUAA